CCUCUCGUCAUUAUUUCCUGCAGCUCUGUAGAGGACGUGGACUCAACAUACACAGAAGAACAACAGUUUUUGUCCUUUGUUGGAUUUGUGGCUCCUGAGGAAUAAGUCUAAACCAUGAGAGUGAAAGAAUGAAAGAGGGAAUGUCAGAGAAACAGUAGAAGGUCACAGACACACACACAUAUAAACAGGUAACAGACGGUGCGGUGAUGGCGACGUGGCUCAGCCGGCUCUCUCUGGGCGACGCCUGGUACAACAUGUACUCUCGCCUCCUGAGGACCAAACCUGUGGGCUCCAUGGCUCAGAGCUCUGACGACCUUACCGAGCUUGCAGAAGGCUCAGGGGUCGGGCUCGCCAAGGUCCUGACCACAGUGGACCUGGUGUCGCUCGGGGUGGGCAGCUGCGUUGGCACAGGGAUGUACGUGGUCGCCGGGCUGGUUGCUAAGGCGAUGGCUGGUCCUGGAGUCAUCCUGUCUUUUAUCAUUGCUGCUGUGGCCUCAAUACUGUCAGGUGUCUGCUAUGCAGAGUUUGGAGUCCGGGUCCCAAAGACGACCGGCUCGGCCUACACCUACAGCUAUGUGACAGUAGGGGAGUUUGUGGCCUUUUUCAUCGGAUGGAACCUGAUCCUGGAGUAUCUGAUCGGCACAGCGGCGGGGGCGUCGGCUCUCAGCAGCAUGUUCGACUCUCUGGCCAAUCACAGCAUCAGUAACUACAUGAUAACUCACCUGGGCACGAUCAGAGGACUCGGUAAAGGGGAGGACACGUACCCUGACCUUGCCCUGUUUAUCGUACUGCUGGUCACAGUGAUUAUUGCUCUCGGGGUUCGUAACACAGUGGGGUUCAACAACAUCCUCAAUGUGGUCAACCUUGUGGUGUGGGUCUUCAUGGUCAUUGCGGGGCUCUUUUUCCUCUCCGCCAGCAACUGGGAGAGUGGAAAGUUCCUGCCUUACGGCUGGUCAGGGGUGAUGCAAGGGGCAGCUACUUGCUUCUACGCCUUUAUCGGCUUUGACAUCAUCGCAACGACAGGAGAAGAGGCGAAGAGCCCAAACACCUCCAUCCCGUACGCCAUCACCGCCUCACUGGUCACCUGCCUCACUGCCUACGUGUCGGUGAGCGUGAUCCUGACUCUCAUGGUUCCUUACAACCUGAUAGACGGCUCUGCCCCUCUCAUGGAGAUGUUUGAGGUGCACGGCUUCCUGUGGGGAAAAUACACGGUGGCUGUGGGCUCUAUAGCCGGACUCACCGUCUCUCUGCUCGGCUCUUUGUUCCCCAUGCCCAGAGUCAUCUACGCCAUGUCCAGGGACGGACUGCUCUUCAGGUUCUUGUCACAUGUGUCAUCGCUCACACACACCCCCGCUGUGGCGUGUGUGGUGUCGGGGAGCUUUGCGGCCCUCCUUGCUCUGCUGGUGAGCCUCAGAGACCUGAUCGAGAUGAUGUCCAUCGGCACCCUGCUCGCUUACACUCUGGUCAGUGUGUGUGUUCUUUUACUGCGAUACCAGCCUGACGAACAGACGGACACACACCAGUUUACCUCCCAGGAUGACAUGGACGGCCUGAAUCACCAGAAUGAUGGAGCUGUCCCCACUAAAGACGACCAGAUGUUGAUUGGAGGUGCGGACGGUGAUGGCUCGACGUCUUACCACGCCGGAGGGACUGAAGGAGAAGGAGAUGACUCGGAAUUCCACACAGGCCACGCCUCUUUGCUAAAAAGGCUUCUGGGAGGUCAUUACUAUACCCUGCGGCUGCGGCUGGGGAUUCCAGAUGCAUCAGCUCGUCCCACCCCUGCCACCGGUCGCAUAGUGACCCGUUGUACCCUCCUCCUCUUCUUCACGUCCUUCUUCCUCUGGUCCACUGUUAUUUUUGGCGUUGAGCAGGGAGCAGGUGCUGGGGCGGUGUUUUCAGGCCUCAUGGCCACAUUGAUGGCGGGGUCUUGGGUGAAGCUUUUAAUUACGAUCAUACAGCAGCCAGAGAGUGGGAGGAGACUGCCCUACAUGGCGCCCUGUGUGCCUUUCGUCCCUGCGGCAGCCAUAUUGGUCAACAGCUACCUCAUGCUCAAACUGUCUCCUCUCACCUGGGCCAGGUUCACUGUCUGGUGCUUCAUAGGUUUGUUGAUCUACGGUUGUUACGGAGUGUGGCACAGCACGCUGGAGAUGAAUGCCCGGGAGCAGCAGGCGCACGCCAGCUCCUACCAGCGCUACGACGACCACCUUGACGACACCUUCUCCCCCGAUGACAACUUUCACCCCCAGGACCAGGAGGAGAAACCCUACCAGGGCUGGUCUGCUCCAGAGGAGAGCGGACACCCGAACCAGCAGGAGAAGCAAUACGAGGACCUGGAUGGCGAGCAGCAUCCGAGCCAGUAUGAAGUCACUGGGGACCAGUAUGGGUACCAGUCUGCACCAGGAGACCAGUAUGAGAGCAGAGGAGGCAGGACGACAGGACGGACCAAUCAUGGCUUUGAUGCAGAUGAAGAAGAGGACUGAUACUUCCUGAUUUUUCCCCUCUUGAAACGAAAAAAUCUGAAAUUAUGAAUAAAUUAAGAAAACUUUGAAAGUGCCUCCUGCAUAAGACACUGACUCAAAUAAUCUACAUGGCGAUCAUAGUCAUAUUCAUACCUUUGUCUGCUUGGGAGGAACAUCUUUUUUGGAGUUUAGCGAUGAAGGUGGAGGAGUGGAUCCAGUAACGGACACCUCCCACCUCAGAGAUCAUGUAAGAUGGCUGCAGCAGCUGCAGAGGAGCUUUUUUCACAGUUACACUGAAGAGCUCUUUUGUAUCAGAAAGAAUGAACCUUUGAAUCAAAGUUAGGAUCUUAACUAAUCUGUGAAGCUCAAUACUUAAAGGACUCAAACCAAGAACAACAACAAAAAUAAUGAGCAAAGAUUACAGACAAACUCCUUCACACUGUCUAAAUUGUAGAAUUUAUUGACAACUUUUCCAUAUGUGCAGGUGUGCAAAGCACAUGUUAUGAAACAGAUGUAGUUUUUUUUUUUUAAAGCUUUGGUACUUUUCCAAUACUGUCCAUACUUAAAAAAAACAAAGAUUGCAUCAUAAUGAAACACAUUGGUAUUGAAAUAGUAUCAAAGUAUCAAACACUUUGUUCAAACACUUGCAGGUGACAUGCCUCACCACUGACUCUUAUACCAUCAUCUAAAAGAGUCGUGAAAUCACCAUCGAGUCAUUUCACACUGAUGCAUUUUAUGAGUAUUGGUGCUUCAGGUAAAUACAGGUGACAAGAAGAAACACAUGGCUAACAUUGUGAAACAGUUAAAGUAAAAAAAAGUGUCAGAUAUGUUUCAUAAUGUAGCUUUGAUAUGUUUUCGUACUUUAGCAUAUUGCAAACAGACUGUUACUGUUCAUUGCAUCUCUUUAUAUUCCUCAUGACAGCGUUUUGAAGCCCUGACAGUUCAUUUAAAGUUUGUGUUUCUUGUUUGAGUGAAUGGUUUUUACAGUAAAGGAGGAUUUGCUCGACUCAGGGGCUGCAGCAAAAACAAAAGGGUUGUGUUGAUGUGUGUUCAUGAGGAUAAGUGUUAUAUUUAUUUUUUGUUGUCGGAAUAAAUUUCUCAUUUGGA